UGCACGCUGACCAAUCAGGGCCGCACUGUCAACCUCAAAUCAGCUUCCUGGAAAGUCCUGCACUGCACAGGUCACAUGAAGCUGCCCUGCCCCUCACAGACCCACUGCAGGACCCCCAAGGGCUGCCUGGUCCUGCUGUGUGAGCCCAUGCCGGUCCCCAGCAGCAGCGACUGCAGCCUGAACCCCAACACCUUCCUGACUCGACACAGCAUGGACAUGAGCUUCACGUACUGCCACCCCAGGGUGAAGGAUUUGUUGGGUUACGAUGAGGGUGAGCUACUGGGCCGCUCAGCGUACGAGUUCUACCACGCCCUGGACACGGACCACGUCAGGAGAGCUCACCACAGCCUGCUCAGUAAAGGCCAGUCCUCCACCGGUCACUACCGUCUCCUGGCCAAAAGAGGUGGCUAUGUGUGGGUGCAGACAGAGGCGGCGGUCAUCUACCAGAGCCGCAGCGGUCAGCCACAGAGCGUGAUCUGUGUCAACUACAUCCUGAGUGGUCAAGAAGAAUCGAAGGUGAUUUUCUCAUUGGGGCAGACAGAGUCUCUUCUCAAGCCCCGCCCCUCCGUCGCCACGGCAACUCCCGACGACGCCCCCCUGCUCUUCACCGAGCUGUGGGAGAAGCCCGACGAGCUGGCACGACUGGCACCCGAGCCCGGCGAGGACAUCAUAGCGCUGGACUUCGAGAGCAGCGACCGGGAGUUGGAGCUGCGUGAGGUCCUCCCAGUGUACUGGGCUCCCCUGGGGUACGGGGCAGAGUGCUGUGGGACACAGACCUCCCCCCCCACCCCCUUCAGGGGGUACCCCAACCAGGGGUCCUGCGAGACACCAACAGAAAGCUGUGAGGUCACUUCCUUUUCUAAUUCUGAACCCCCAGAGGAGAAUCCACACAGCCAGCCGGUCCUGCUGAUAGAACCCACAACUGAGCCGAGGAAGCAGAACCAGGACAAGAGCCAGGAGGACUUGAGUAAGCUGGAUUUGGAGAACCUGGCUCCAUAUAUCCCUAUGGACGAUGAAGACUUCCAGCUGACUCCCAUCAGUGAGGGAGCAGAGGACUGGGGUUCGGGGCAGGAGACCAGCUGCUUCACUGUCCCCUCCCUGGAGCUGAGUGAAGAGGGGUACCCAGCCCCUACCUUUCAGGGGACCAACCUACCCAAACACCCCAGUUUCGGUGGCCCACCUUGCCCCCAGACCCCCCCCAGAGGUCAGCAGCGAGGGGGGCUGUGGCCCUCUGACCCCCCUUUCAGCAGAGCCAUCAAGGGGCUCCCCCAGCACCCAAACUGGCUUCAUCAGACCCCCUGUUCCGCAAGGACACCUACAAACAUCCCUCAACAGGAACCCAGGAACACAUUGGAGGAGUACUUCCAUGGAAACAGUUGUCAGCUGAACGGAACACUCAGCCUUAGCAACAGCCUGAAGAGGAGACCGCAGAGUUCUGUGUUCCAGUCCAGCCAGUCGAACACAGAGUGCGCACGUGAACAUCUGGGGGGACCGAUCCUCUGGAAGAGAAUCAAACUCCCUCUGAGGACCAAUCAAAACACCGCCUACAUUCCACAGACAUGGGGAGACACCUGCUGGUGGAGCUCAGGUCAGACCUCUUGUCGUUGGCAGAGAGAUCACAGAGGCACUGUGCCCUGGGGGCCGCAGGCAGGAGCAGCUACAGCGGGCAUGGCCGACCACUGCAGUGCCACCCAGCCACCAGACCACACUCCCUGGAAACCAGAGCUGUCCUCCUGUCUGCUGUCCAGUCCGGCUGACCGCUGUGUGCUGCCGGUGCUGACCCGUUGGGAGUGCGAGGUCAACGCCCCGCUGACCGCUGCGUCCCGCCUGCUGCACGGGUCCGAGAUCCUAAGGGUGCUGGACGAGCUGUGUCCAGACUGACCACCGAGACCGCGUGAAUCACCAGGGCAGUGUCAGGACCACCGAACAAUACGACUGGACGUGCUGGAAGACAGAGCGACACUUCUUCCAAAAUAAUAUGCAGUAUACUCUUGCAUGAUGUAGUAUUUCAGUCCUACAGUAUAUAGGUGUGCCAGGGCUAAGAGUACAGUCUUACCUUACCUUAUAGAAGUUUACAAUGGUAAAUGUGCAUGGUGUAUGCUUCACUAGACCUCUCCAGGCUUUACCAUGAUUUCACUGUGCCUCUGUACACUGUUCUGUGCUUUUGCUAUGGUGAACUUUUAAAGGCUCCAAUACUGAUGUUUUUUUUUUCCUAAAUCUGCCUGUACCAGGUUUUAAGCUGAGUCGAGCUCUUGCAUUGAAUCCUAGCUGCCAGCCCCACCUCCUCUCUGUUCUGUAUGCAUGUAGGUGUAGCAGUGGGUGGGGCUGGCAGAGUUAAACGCUCACGUGAUCAUAUGAAUUGGAAUGAGAAAGGAUAUUUACUCCUGCUGCUUAGGAUGCUCCAGACCAGAUCACAGCAACUCCAAGCCGGGUCCAGGCAGAUCUAGG